AUGUCCAACAAACAGCCUGAAGAACAGCUUAUGUCAUCUCGAUCAGAAAUUAUAUUUUCUAAUCAUGAAAAAAUUGAUAAAAAGAGAUCCUGUCAUUCUCCACUUAGAAGUCCGGAACCUGUACGAACUCCUUCUCGACGUUCUGCUCGCUCAGCAUCAACCAACUGCUGUGCAUAUUGUAAAAUUCCAUUAUUAACCGAUGUUAACGGACGUGAAUCAUUAAAUAAAUCUCGUGCAUCAAGUACAUUUCAAUCUGAACGUUUAUGUCAAGAAUGUAGUCAAGAAAAAACACAAAAUCGACGAACUCCAACAAGUCGUUUGCUAAAAUCAGCUUCUGUUAAUUGGUCAAAUAUGGGUGGAAAAAUUGAAACAUGGUUUGAGAAGGCACGAACACCAGAUCAAAAAGUUGUCUACAAUUUUUUGGAACAAAUUAAUAAUGAAGAAAAUAAAAAAAAGGAAAAAAUAAUGGAAGAAACAAAUGCAAAAAAUCUUGAUGAUGUGCUUGACAGUUUAAAAAAAUAUCAAGCACGUUUUAAUUCACCUCGUCCUCGAAGUAAAUUUACAAGUGCAUUUGAAUCAUCAAGUUGGCGUGUUAUGCGUCAUCCAACAACAUCUUAUCAAUUUAGCCGUUAUAAUGCUGCUUAUGGUGAUGAAGCUUCGCGUGAUUUAUAUGUUGGUUCAAUACUUGCACCAACAAAUCCAAGAGUUCGUUCUACUUUUUUAAUACAUCCCAGUUGGGUUUAA